GCCCCGGCGCAGCGGUGAAAGUGUGGGUAGUGCAGCGCAGCCAUGCCGACCUCCGCGGGACACCUCGCCACCGUCUUGGGCGUGCUGCUGGCGGCGACCCCGCUGGCGUCGAGCCCCCAGUGCGACCACUACGGCGGCUGCCGCAGCUACCCCUUCCUGCCCGCGCCACCCGGCAAGACGCCGUCCUGCGCCAAGCCGGGCGCCACCUUCUGCGAGAAGAUCGACCACUACCCGACGCAGCUGAUCCGUUACCUGAUAGAACAAUGGGCCUACGACUAUAAUACGUUACUCCUUGAUGAAUCGCGUGAUGACUUCAAUUACAGGCCCGCGCCGCCGCCGCCGCCGCCCUACGGCCCGCCUCCGCGCGGCUACCCGUACGGCCCGGUGCCCGCGCUGUCCUACCUGCCGCUGCAGCUGGUCACGCCCGCCGGCGCCGCCGGUCCGGGCAACGGCUCGGGGCCCUACCCCGACCGGCGCUACAAGCUGCUGGCGACGCCCUACCUCUACACAACGGCGCUGCUGCAGCCGGCGCACGUGCCCGUCCCCGUCGCGCACUACGAGCCGCCGCCACCGCCGCCGCCGCCCGCGCCCCACGAGUGGUGGGCCAGAUAUGCAAGAUCCAAUUCCAAAGCAGAGGCAACAGCCACUUCACCUGGAGCUGGCAGUAGCAGCAGUAGCAGCACCAGCAGAAACAAUGCAGGAAGAAGUGGAUCAAGAUCUCGCCGUCAGAGUGGCAGUGGUUCUCAGGAUCAGCUUUGCCCAACCACAAAGCAGUUUGUCAUGCCCAAAGCUGCCAUGAACAACCAGGGAAACUGGAUGUAUGUGGUGAACCUCAAUGAGGUGGAUGAUCGUUACACCCAGCUUGUGGGUACGGAGACCUGUGUGUCAAACCAGUGCAAUGGUCUUUGUACCAUACCCAAUGGUUACACGUCUCGCUGUCAGCAACAGUAUGUCCAGAAGAAAUUGGUGGCCUUAGAAGGAAGUGGUAAUCAGCUCUACGAAGAUUUCUUUUGGUUCCCCCACUGCUGUGUCUGCCAAAUUACACAGAAUGGUUAAUAGUGAUUUAUCCUCCUGCAGCUCUACACUGCCAAACCAUACAUGUGGCUCAACAGUACAUGUUUCAUCUUCUCAUCACUCUCAUCAGGUUCCUAAUCGAAGAUUCUGUGAACUGUCUAAUGAACAGUAUUUUUGAAAUAAAGUUUGAUAAUUACCACUCACAUUAAGGGAUUAAUUCCCUCAAUGUUAUGUGCUUUACUAUUGUGCUUACAAUUUAAUGUUAUUAAUUCUGACAUACAUUUAUUUCUUACUAUUAUGAGUAAUGUAUAUAUAAAUUUGUGUGAGUUUCCAUUGUAUAAAACAUUCAUGUAUGGUCUGCAGGAAGAAUAACGAGCUAUUAACCUGUCCUACGAUAAUCAAAUCUGUUAUAUACCAAUCAAUAGUAUCACUUUUUAUGAAAACUGUGAGGCUCGUUUUGUCAUUCACAGCAUCUACUCCCGAAUAUUACAGAACAUCAAGAUUAAAACAGAAAUGUUUGUCCAGGGAAGGUAAUGUGGAAAAAAGAACACCAGAAAACUACUACAAAACAAUUACCAAUGAACUAAUUAAAGGAGUAUAUUCCAUCUGGUGAAUUAUUUCUAAAAUGCCAAUAUACAUUUUGCAAGGAUAUGCAUAAUUCACUCCUCAGUCAUCAUUCACAUGUACAGAAAAUGUGUGUUCAUCAGUUUACUAGUUUGUAUGUGCUGGCCUUUUGCUAGCUACUUUCUGUUACCAUAAUAGUCAUUUAUUUUAUUUUUCAUGUUAUUUGUUAUAAGGCUGAUGUUAGACAUUCUCAUAUGUAUAAAGAUCUUUUAAUUGUUCAUUAAUCAGUUUUGUUACAUGAUAAUGGUCAAAGUAAUUUAAAUCCUAUGUACAUCCAUCAUUAUAAACACAAAAUUAGGAAGUACUAUUUGGUGUCACCUAUUGUUGGCAGUCAACAAAGAACUGGAAAACACUUGUAAAUGUGUUGUUCCAUGUAUUAAUGAAAGAAUUAUUUUUGAUCUCUCUUGCUGUUGAAUCAGGAUGUAAUAAUUUAUCAUUUAAAAUAAUAAAUGGUUUGAAAAGUAUUUGAGUGCAUUCAUGCACUAUGUUGAAUUCAGUACUGCUCAUAAACAUAUUAGUUGAUAGAUUGAUAGUUACUAUACUAAUGCUAUCUGGCACCAGACAAUCCAAAAUUUUGAACUUUGUGAAAGUUAUUUAUUUCAGGUACAUUGUCCUGUUGCUGAAACUCAUUAUUUAAAAUGUAAAUAAUUCAAUGCUUCAUAGA